UGCGAGUGUAGUGUGAUACUGUGGUUUAACUUGAAGUCAUGUGGUUCGCUGUACUGCUGGCAUGUAUGAGCGGGGCGCUCGCUGUGCCGAUCGAUUACGGCGGUUACGGUGGAUACGGCGGUUAUGGCGGCGCGGUGUAUGCGCACGCGCCGGUUGCGCUGCAAACAGUACACGCUGCACCUGUCGCCGUGCAAGCGGUCCAUGCGCCCGUCGCUGUUGAGACCGUGUCGUACCCGAAAUACGCGUUCUCGUACGGCGUGAAAGACCCGCACACCGGUGACGUCAAGACACAACAGGAGGAGAGAGACGGCGAUGUUGUCAAAGGUAGUUACUCGCUAGUGGAGCCGGACGGUACGACGCGCACCGUUCACUACUCGGCGGACGACCACAGCGGCUUCAACGCGGUUGUGCAAAAGUCCGGCCACGCCGUGCAUCCGCAAGUGGCAGUUGCUCCAGUGGCACACUACGUCGCAACGCCAUCCUAUGCAAUUUCUCCUCACUCUUAUCACUAACAUGCAUUGAUUGUCUAAAAUUAUCGUAUUUUAUUUCACGAAUAACAUGAUUUUUAUACUUAUAAGUGUUUGGUAAAAGUUGAUA